UCUGCCUUAACUUCACGCGCUCGUCGUCCACGACCGCAGGUUGUCCGCGACCACCACGCCCGCAUAUGCUGUCCCGCGUCUUGCGCCCGAGCUUCAGCCCCGCUAGGUCCCUUGCACGCGCCCGGCCCUCGACGUUCUCCCCGCUGAUCGUGCGCGCGAUGUCUUCUACUCACGGCGAGCUGGCGCAUCGGCCGCAGCCGGACAAGGUCCUGCAGGACAUUGCGGACUAUGUGCACAACUACAAGAUUGACUCUGAGCUUGCGUACGAGACGGCACGCCUGUGCUUGAUCGACACCAUUGGGUGUGGAUUGGAGGGCCUGCGAUUCCCAGCGUGCUCCAAGUUGCUGGGUCCUGUGGUGGAGGGGACAGUGGUGCCCAAUGGCACCAAAGUCUUUGGAACCAACUACCAGCUGGAUCCCAUCCGCGGCGCGUUUAACAUCGGUACGAUCAUCCGAUGGCUGGACUUCAACGACUGUUUCCUCGCUGCUGAAUGGGGUCACCCAUCUGACAACCUCGGCGCCAUCCUCGCCGUCGCGGACUGGCUCACGCGCUCGGGCAAGACCUUCACCGUACACGACCUCCAGGAGGCCAUGAUCAAGGCGCACGAAAUCCAAGGCGGCCUCGCGCUCCUCAACUCCUUCAACCGUGUCGGCCUCGACCACGUCGUGCUCGUCAAGGUCGCCUCCACCGCCGUCGUUUCCAAGAUGCUCGGCCUCACGCGCGACCAGACCGUCGACGCCGUCUCGCAGGCCUUCGUCGACGGCCAGUCGCUCCGCACCUACCGGCACGCGCCUAACACGGGCCCGCGCAAGUCCUGGGCCGCCGGCGACGCGUGCUCGCGCGCCGUCAACCUCGCGCUGCUCGUGCAGAAGGGCGAGAAGGGACUGCCCUCGGUGCUCACCGCGAAGACGUGGGGCUUCUACGACGUGCUGUUCAAGGGCCGGGCCUUCGAGUUCCAGCAGCCGUUCGGGUCGUAUAUUAUGGAGAACGUGCUGUUCAAGAUCUCCUUCCCGGCGGAGUUCCACGCGCAGACGGCCGUGGAGGCGGCGCUGAUCUUGCACGAGCGGCUGAAGGUGCUCGGGAAGACGGCGGAGGAUAUCAAGGCCGUGCGCAUUCGGACGCAGGAGGCCGCGGUGCGCAUCAUCGACAAGCAGGGCCCGCUGGACAACUUCGCUGACCGCGAUCACGCGAUCAACUACAUGGUCGCGUACCCGCUGAUUUUCGGCGAGUUGACGUCGGAGAGCUACACCGACGAAGCCGCCGCGGACCCGCGCAUCGACGCGCUGCGCGCAAAGAUUUUCUGCGUCGAGGACAAGCGGUUCAGCGUCGAUUACCACGACCCCGCGAAGCGGUCCAUCGGCAACGCGCUCCUCGUCGAGCUCAACGACGGCACGGUCCUCAACGAGGUCGAGAUCGAGUACCCCGUGGGCCACAAGCGCCGCCGCGCGGAGGGCACGCCGCUGCUCAUGAACAAGUUCCAGAGGCAUAUCUCGCACCACUUCGACACCGAGCAGCAGAAGCGGAUCCUGGAUACGGUCACGGACGCACCGUCGUUUGCGAAGCUGCCCGUCGAUAAGUUCACGGAGCUCUUUAUCAAGCAGUGAAAGGCGCGCCAUGACGCUAGAUCGUCACGCUGACGAAAGGAUUGUACAUCUACAAUUGCAACCAAAAUUAUCUGUACCAAUAUCGAACAAUGCUACCUUGAACUUGUUGGACUACAGUUCGUAGCAAGGCAGGCAUCCAUAUCAUCGUUGUGUGACGAGAAAGAAUCUCGAUCACUUCUUCGUGAAAUAGCUAGACAACUUCGACAUGCCCUCCG